AUUGCCAACUGAUUUUUAGCAUUUUUUGUGUUGUAAACCUUCGCCGACUUCUAUUUUAAAACUUGCGCAAGAGUUUUUUUUCAAUUUGUGUUUAAAGAUUUUUUAGCUUUACCAUCCGAAAUACAUUAAUAUUGACCACUAACAUUUGUCGUCAACUUAAACGCCGUGGCUUCGUCGUUCUCUGGGAAUGAUGGAGGCGCUGCUGGCUGUGUGGAUGGUAGGGUUGGUGGGUCUGCACGGAACUCAGGGCUUCCCUGGUGGAGCUCCAUCAUCUUCCUGCACCGAUAUGGUUCCACAUCACAACCCCAACACACUGACCGGCACACCCUACUCCAUCGUCACCAACAGCAGCACCUUCACCCCUGGCACCAAGGUUAAAGUCACCAUCCAGGGCACCUUCAAGGGCUACCUCCUGCAAGCGCGAGAACCCAACACUACGACCAUCGUUGGCACAUGGGACACCCCACCUGCAGGCAACACAAUUUUAAAGUGCCGUGCCCCUGCAAACGACGCGGUGACGCACUCCACCGGCGCCACCAAGGCUAACCUGAGCUUCGAUUGGAUCCCACCGACUACAAAUCCUCCCAGCUCCGUUGUGUUUGUAGCGACCGUGGUCAAGACGGAACCCAAAUGGCAAAUGAACGUGCAGUCGGCGAAGGUCACUGCCUCAGGUUAUGUAGCCACAACCAAGGCACCAGCUAAAACCACAACCAAGGCACCAGCCAAAACCACAACCAAGGCACCAGCUAAAACCACAACCAAGGCACCAACUAAGACCACAACCAAGGCACCAGCUAAUACUACAACCAAGGCACCAACUAAGACCACAACCAAGGUACCAGCUAAAACCACAACUAAGGCACCAACCAAAACCACAAACAAGGCACCAGUUGAAACCACGACAAGGGAACGAGAAGAAAAUGAACCUGAAGAAUCAACCAAAACCACAACCAGGGCACCAGCUAAAACCACAACCAAGGCACCAGCUAACACCACAACCAAGGCACCAGCUGAAACCACGACAAGGGAACGAGAAGAAAAUGAACCUGCAGAAACACCGAAAACCACAACCAAGGCACCAGCUAAAACCACAAACAAGCCACCAGCUGAAACCACGGCAAGAGAACCAGGAGAAAAUGAACCUGAAGAAGCAACCAAAACCACAACCAAGCCACCAUCGAAGACCACAGCCAAGCCACCAUCUAAGACCACAGCCAAGCCACCAGCUAAGCCCACAAUCAAGCCACCAGCUAACACCACAACCAAGCCACCAUCGAAGACCACAGCCAAGCCACUAUCUAAGACCACAGCCAAGCCACCAGCUAAGCCCACAAUCAAGCCACCAGCUAACACCACAGCCAAGUCACCAGCUAAGACCACAGCCAAGUCACCAGCUAAGACCACAACCAAGUCACCAGCUAAGACCACGGCCAAGCCAGGCAACUCUGCCGGGCGCGCAGCCCUCGCCAUGUCUGGGUUCUUCCUGGGCGCGCUGCUCGUAGUCGUCACAGCCACGUGAUGCCGUUGAUUCUACCGGCGAAGUCACGGAGUUCCUUUACUGCGUGCAACGACCGACUCGGCCCCAUCCGACCCUCGGAAUGGACCAGCCCCACUGGGGAUAUGACCCCGAUGGCUAGUCCGGACCAGGCCCUGGGAUGCUGCCCCUAUGGCCAGUGCGGACCUGGCCCUGCCUCUCAUGUUCCUCUCUGCUCUAGCUCAACGACAAAGCUCCGCCGGCACAGAAACUUCUCUGUUUGUUUUCCAACUGCAUCUCCUUCUCUCCUCCCCUGUCCUCUAUGCUUCUCUUCCCCCUUCUUACCCCCCGCUCCCCUCCGCACCUUCCUUCUGGAACCUUCUCUUGUCCCCGAUUCGCGCGGUCGCCUCAUCCCCUUGGCAACUCUUGCCAAGAGGUAUACAGGAGGUCGUGGGUACGAUCCCAACCCUGACGCCUAUAGAUUUGGAGUGUAUAUAUCUCUUUCACCUAUGGUCGUGUGGCUUUUUCUCCGGGUCCUCUGGUUUUUCCCCUCCACAUUUAGAAUAAACAUUACGUUUUUAGAGUAUUUGUCUACGGCUAUAAAUAAUUGAGAUAACAUUUGUGAUAGCCAGGUAGCUUCCAAAAGUUGAGCUAUAUAGCUCAGUGGGCUUUACCUGGUAAAAUAAUAAUACAUUCGAUUCUCGAUUAUACACAUGCGGUUUAUCCAAUUUGUGGAUUAACCACACACCUGAGAUUUAGACAUCACUUAAAAACUCAUGGAUUAUCCCUUAAGCCAAUAUUAUUAAUCUAAAAACAGUUAUACAUGGUUAUUCAUGGAAAUGUGUAUUACAAGUCACAUGCUUAAACCAAACAUAUGUAGUAUCAGUGAGUUGGAGACGAGGUUUGCAGAGGCACCUUCUUUAUUGAACACUCACAAUCUCGCCUACACACACUCUACAGUCGCUAGCAUAUACACAACACUUGCCGUCUAACACCAACGGCGCUGACGGAGACAACCAAAAAUGAUCUAGCAGUGGAAAAUCGAGCGAAGACGGCAGCAACGAUGGCGACGAGACGACAGCUAUCACGAGACGAUCCAAUCCCAGAACUGGGAGCCUCGAGCUCCUGCUCUCAGCACCAUGUAUGCUACCAGCGCGGCCUGGCUCCACCCUGGCCAAGCCUCCCUUCUCAACCCACUCGCAGGUUCCAGGGGCUUUCAGAUAGGGCCCUCCAUGACCCUUGCACCAGUUCCUCCGCUCUGCCGACACACCCGCUCACGUGCUCACCGGCGUGUGUACUGUUGCCGCUGCUGGCCACCAGCUGGCGAUAUUACACUACACAUAUGUAGUGACUUAACUCUGAGAUGAAAAGACUUGGAGUCACUUCUUUUUUAGCGAGCACCAUCGGGAUUAACACACGUAAUAUUUUGCCCGUCUAUUAUCGGUGACACUACUCAGCCAGGACAGUUGGUAGACUGUCUGAAUAGCGGGGCCCCGAGAUGGUAGAGAUGGAGACGACAACGAAGAUAAUGGUGAAGACGAUGAGAAGAAUGGCGACGAUGGACUUCAAUAGCACGACGGGGAUCCACUCCAACAGCCCUGAGGUCCCCCACAGGAGCCCCUCUUAUACUAUCAGUGUGGCCUCACUCUGUCCCGGCCACGCCCCCUUUCUGGAUCCUACUAGCGGGCUCCUGGUGGGCCCCUUCUGUGACCUUUCCCCUAGAUCUCCCUCUCGUGUAUAUCCUGGCCUGCUGACGUCAGGACUGCCAUACACCGCAUAUCCUCUUUUCUGCCAGCAGCCAGCGCCAUGCCACUACACAUCUAUGUAUAUGUAGCUCCGGUUAAUGCAAAAUCCAUUUGAUCGCCUCUUACAGUGCAGUAGUUGCCAUAUCUUUACAACUGUGGGCGGAGUUUGAUACAUUUUGAUUGGCUGUGGCUCUUCUGUCCACUUAAUAGGUCGAGUAUUCUGCUGGGCAGGAAAGUCAUAUUAUCACUGAGCACGUACAUUGAUCAGUCGAUUGUUUACUAUUUUUUAAAUUCAUUAACAAACAAAAUUUUCUUAACUUGAACAUAAUUUAUACCUAUAUGAGUGGUUUCAGGCAUACAGAUCUGUGGAAAAUUGAUUUUUUUUAAUCCUCGAUUUUUAAUUCACCGUGGCUGUCCUCCCCGUCAUUAGCGCGGAUAAUCGAGAGUCGUAUGUAGUUUAGUUUUACGCGAUCAAACCCAAAAACCCCUAUUAUCGAGUUUAGUUUUUAUUUUAAUUUACCCCCCUUGAGUAAUGGCCACCCCGUUAUAUUUCCUUGUGUAUCAACAACCAACCUUUUCAGCAACUCCCAUCGCCACUUGUCCUUGAGACGUUUAUCCCGAUGUGACUUGGCCGCCUUCUGUCCAUCGAUGCCUGUACAGGGUGUAACCCCAAUACAGGGUCUCAUCUACUUACGAAUGAGUGAGUUUCCAGAGGUUUGUUUGUAAGCCGAUUUCUUCGUAAGUCCAACUUUACUCAUAUCGAUUCCAAACAUGUUGUACAGCAUGUACACGAAACACGAGGAACGGCUUUAAAAGUUGUGUAAUCUCCUGUAGAUGUCGAUGCCACUGAUUCUUCGUGUUCUGCAGUAGUAGAUGCCACUACCGCAUCUAAUGCGCAGCGGUGGAAAUUAUGACUCUCGAUCCGAACAGGCAACUGGACAUAAAGACAGGUGUGAUGGAGAGCGAUGUGGAUACCGUGGGGCAUGCAGCGUUACCAGUUGAGGUUAUGACUCGGCCAAUCUGGUUACAGUGGCCGCACAAGUUCAAAAUGGAGAAGGUAACGCGAGCAAGCAAGGUUACAUAUCGGGUUACUGUUGUAUAUAUAGGCCUUUUUCCAAAAAAUUAUAUUAAGAAUAAUUCUGCCAAUAUAUAUUUUUAAUUGAUCGGGGUAAGCAGGGGACAUGAAAGGGUGAGAGAACCAGCUGCCCUCACACACCGGCCAGGCAGCUGGAGAUAAACCAUAAAAGGUAAUUAAAAAAAACACCUUGGUACAAAGGAAAGAGAGGGGGAAUUAUCUAAUGAGAUUCUGGGGAGAUCUCAUCACAACUUCAAAAGGCCCCCUCAACACAAUGCAGAGUACUAAGCGCCACGAUUAAUUUUUAAAUAAAUUUCGAUUUAAAGCUUUCGUGACUGCAGGGAUUCAUCUUCUUGGUUCUUUCGGUAAAGUCACGUAGAAGGGAAGUAAUAAAAUAAUAAAAAUAAAACAUAAAAUAAAAUAAUUGUCACGACGUUUCGGCUACAACGCAAGCAGCCGUCUUCAGGUGAAGAAUGAGACACUGCCAAGCUAGGAACUUAUAUAUAAGCUGGGUUGGAGGUGGAAGAAGAGCGCCUUAACAAAAAGAGUGUGCAUAUCAAGAGGAAUUUAGCAUAUUCAUGGGAAAUGCGUAGGAGGUGGGCGGGGGGGUUUCAAAGUCAUAUUAUGCCCAUGCAUUAUGCAGGAUCAGCAGCACCAAGGGAGGGUGCAGGGAGUAGCAUUAACAAAGGAAAGGAAUGUUAAUAGUAUGUAGCUGCAGUUACUAAACAACAACGUAGAAAACUAAAGUAUAAACUACAUAAAAAACUAAAGUAUAAACUGCAUAGCAUCAUCAGUAUACUUACUAUACGCUAUAAUAAGCUGAGUUACUAACAGCAAGUAAUACAUUACAAUUCUACGUCGUAAAAAUUAUAUAAUAUGCUCCCAUGUAAACUUUAUUCUCUUACAUCACACGAGCAUACACCGUACUAUAUACUGCCAUAGACAAACCCAACAUUAAAUUAUAUACUGUAUUGCUAUAAACCACCCUAUACCUUAUACAUUUUAAUAUAACACUAUUAUUCUACCCACCCUAAUGUGUAUCACACUGCUAUAUGUUUACUAUACAAUUACGAUACUAUAUAUUACUUUGUACAUUGUAUUAAGCAUAUAAAUGUUAUACUAUUUGUUAUUAUACACUGUAACAUUGACUGUCGUGUCAAUGGGCGAGUCGUGGGGGAAAACUUGCAGUGGAGCAAAGGAUCCAUUCCCUGCGGAGAAUACAAUGCCAGUGAGUGGAACGCGGUCUGAAAGUCACGGUAAAUGUGAACACAAUCAGUUAAGAUCCGAAAUGGUUUAUUACGUCCUUCCAAUGAUUGCUAAGCCAGAAUCCAUCUUCUCGGUUGAAAUUGUCUCUGUGGUUGUAUAUGUGGAUCGCCUCAUGAACGAAUCUCUCAUGAUAGCCAGAUGGCUUGCAGAGAACCUCUGUCUUGGAGAAGUCAAUGUCAUGUGAGCCCAUUGAGUUGUAACAGUGAUCUGCCACGGCUGAGGUGUUUGUCCUACCGUGUUUCAGGUCUGCUUUAUGUUCACGGAUGCGGUCCGAGACAUGUCGUUUGGUUUCCCCAAUGUAACUGCUACCACAGAGGCAACUUAGUUUGUAGACGCCAGGGUACUGUAUGUCUGGAACUACAUAUUUUACAGACGGGACCAGAUCACAGAUUUUAUGUACUGUGUUGAAUCAGACCUGGAUCUUGUGUUUAAUCAGGAUUUUUUUGGAGAAAAAAGAUCUCCAAAAUCCUGAGUUCGGCAUGGACUGACAGAGUAUCGCUGAAAGUUUUAUUCUACAUUCAUCCUGAUGUAUUGAGUCGCUUGCAAAGUCAAGAAUUGCGAUAAGUUGUAUUGUACUAAGCUUUCACAGUUGUUUAAGAGGUGUGCGAAUACAAAUUACAAGUUUUGAGAGUGAGUGCCAGCUCCCACGGGCUGCUACAGCUCGAGUUGAACUGACGAGCAACGUCAAGCAAUCAACCUCGAGAAAGGGCGGAAAGAGCCAAGCAUCGACCAAGCGAGCAUCGCACAGAACCAGCAGCAGAGGACAAGCUGCAAGCGCAAUCGUGCAUCGCCAGAGAGAACGGAGAGCAGUGGAAAGAGCCUGAGCCAACGCAGCCCUGGAGUAAGGGCAGGUGUCCGUGUGAAGCCACCAGCUGCACAAUAAAGGAGAGAGAGUGACGAGCAACGACAAGCAAUCAACCUGGAGAAAGGGCAGAAAUUGCCAAGCAUCGACCAAGCGAGCAUCGCACAAGACCAGCAGCAGAAGACAAGCUGCAAUCGCGCAUCGCCAGAGAGCGCGCAGCAGCGCCAGCCGUGUUAUCGAGCAAGGGUGUCAGCUGCCAGUGGACAAGCGGCGAGCACUACGAGCACCUUCAAAGAUAAGCAUCGUGCCAACUCGGCUCAUCCAGCAGGGGAAAGAGCCUGACCAGCCGCCCGUGAGCAAGAGUGUCAGCGCCAGCACUAGCUGGAAACGAAGACAAGAGUGAGGAACGGCGGCCCAGAGGAUUAAUCGAUGUAAACUCAAUGUUUGAAACCUUCGCUACGAAUCUACACGCCCACAGGGAGAAUAUUGUGUUAAACCUUUCUUUUGAUCACAGAAUCUUGCCCACGGAUUAAUUGAAGCCUUAGCCAAAAGAAAUGCAUCUGUGGAAGCAGGCAUAUUGCCGCACACCAUUGUUUCAAGACAUUUCGUUAAUAUAAUCUUGCUGAUGAAUCUAUUGACUUAUACUUUUGCCUUCGGGAUAUAAUAAAAAAAACUAUUAUUUGCCGUUCGUAUGAAUAUCGUCACAUGCACGUUUAAGGACUUUUUCCUAUCGCCGUAUAUGCUCGCGUUACUCUGAGGAAUUAAUAAAUUGUUAGGUUACCCAGGUUAACAACGGAGGAUUAAAUGUACGGAUCAAUGAGGAGAACAUCCCCAGUGGUACUGUGUUGACAAUUCCAAGCAUAAGAGUUUGCAUAUUAGAGUGUUAUGUUUUUGUUUAGAAAUUAAAAUAGCUUAACUCCUGAGUUCAUGCAUAAUAAUCUUAAUUAUAAGAACUGUAUCCUGCGGUGAGAUUUGAAUUUGGAGACCUGUCAUAAACACAUUAAGACGUAAUCAGUAAAUGUUAAAGUGAGAAUAAUUGUAUUAUCCCGAUUGAUAAUACAACAUAUACAACAUUACCAUCAACACUAGAAGUAAGGUACAAAAAGGUGAUUAAGGACGUACGCUGCAACUAACAUCGUCGUAAGAAACACCAAAAUAUCGUAAUAAUAAAAACCAAGUUCAACAGCCAAUUGGUUUGCGAAGGAUGUGGAUUCAGAGUGGGUGGAGUUUUCAGGUGAACGUUAUGUUACUUGAGACUCGAGUUAAAAUAUUCAACAUUACAGCAACAUUUAUUCUUAGAAAUUAUAGCUGAUUACUUACUGUCAUUUCUAUGACUGCUAUACACCCCAGGAGUCUUGACUUUUUUAAUGGAAAGGUUUUUUUUCCGCUAUCGGGAGCGAUGUCGCUGCUGCUGCUUCUGUGAUCCCUAAAUCACGAGUGUAUAUUGCGUGCAUUCGCAUUGGUCAGGUGGGGUUGUUCCUUUUAUACGAUUCAUUGUAUAGCUGUGUAAGAAGUGUAGUGCCGAAUGCUGUGCUGGGAUACUGAUUGACAUCGGGACAUCCUUACUGCUUUGUGUGCUUUGUCUUUUUUACUGCAUUGCGUGGCGCUUUUAGAUGCACUUAUGGGGCCGUCUGGAACGCUCCCCCCUCCGAUAUUAAGACGCCUUUUGGCGUCCUCUGGUCAAACACCGUUUGAGACGAGGUUCCAAACGAAAGCUGUCUGGUGUGGACCAAUCAGUUUCAAGGACAAUGCAUAUAUCAGAGUAUGUUUUUUGUUUGCAUUCUGACCACAAGUAUUGUGGUUAAUGCAGACAUAAUUUUUUGUAAAAGGUUUCACUUUGGUGUUUUAACAUCUUAACACCUAGUAAUAGGUUUUUUACCCUUUCAACUGGUACAAAACUGACACCUUUAUACAAGGUAUCAUGUUUCCAAUAACCACAACACAAGCAGUCAAAAUGCAAACAAAAAUAAACAACUCUGAUAAUGAU